AUCUUCUUUUCUCUGUAUCUUCUUUUCUCCCUCCAUAUCCAUCUAUAUUUGACCCCUCCCAAACCUCCACCUCCACAGAACAAAACACACUACCAAACGCAGAAACUGAUUCUUUUUUACAUAGUAUAUAAAUCACUUCAAGCGGCGCGUGUUUUCACUUUCCAAUGGGCCAGUCAGCUUCCAGUUCCACCGCCAAUUCUGCCAUCGAUUGGAUUUUAACUCCGCCUAUUGUUUCUUCCGAAUCGCAAUUGCCAGAGCUCGCUGACGAUAUAACUGCUGAUGUUGAUUAUACGGAGGAUAUUCCUGACGAGUGUUUGGCUUACAUUUUCCAAUUCCUCUCUGCGGGAGACCGAAAACGAUGCUCCUUGGUCUGCCGGCGGUGGUUACUCGUUGACGGCAAUAGCCGCCAACGGCUUUCUCUACAUGCGAAAGUGGAGAUUUUUUCUUAUGUUCCUUCUCUGUUCACACGGUUCGACUCGGUCACUAAACUCGCUUUGCGUUGUGAUCGCAAAUCCAUAAGCUUAAACGAUGAUGCUUUUGUCAUGAUCUCCGUCCGUUGCCAGAAUCUCGAGCGCCUUAAGCUCCGUGGCUGCCGCGAAAUCACUGAUAAUGGUAUGGCCGCAUUUGCUGAAAAUUGCAAAAAAUUGAGAAAGCUCUCUUGCGGCUUGUGCGCUUUCGGCGCCAACGGCAUAAACGCGUUGUUGGAUCACUGCAAGGCGCUGGAGGAGCUCUCUAUUAAGCGGCUCAGGGGAAUCCAUGACGGAGCCAAUAUGAUCAGGUCCGGAGCUGCCGCUCCGUCUUUGAAAUCAGUUUGCUUGAAGGAGCUAGUCAACGGUCAGUCUUUUGAAGAGCUAGUGAUCGGUGCUAAAAAUCUUAGAACCUUGAAAAUUAUUCGGUGUUUGGGUGAUUGGGAUAAGGUACUUCAAAUUAUUGGAAACGAAAACAGUUUCUUGAUUGAUGUUCACCUUGAAAGGAUUCAAGUGAGUGAUAUUGGUCUUGCAGCGAUUUCGAAAUGUGUAAAUAUGGAGAUUUUGCGCAUCGUGAAAACCCCAGAAUGUUCGGAUUUAGGGCUUGUUUGUGUGGCGGAGAAUUGCAAGCAACUAAGGAAGCUUCACAUAGAUGGAUGGAGGACUAAUACAAUUGGAGAUGUGGGUUUAAUGGCCGUGGCCAAACAAUGUCCAAAUCUACAAGAGCUGGUUUUGAUUGGUGUUAAUGCGACGCAUGCGAGCUUGGCAGCGAUUGCUGCUAAUUGCCAAAAACUGGAACGAUUAGCACUGUGUGGGAGUGGAAGCAUUGGUGAUAAUGAGAUUGCUUGCAUUGCAGCUAAAUGCGUGGCAUUGAAAAAGCUGUGUAUAAAGGGAUGUGCUAUUUCUGACAUUGCAAUCCAAGCUCUUGCUUGGGGAUGUCCCAAUUUGGUUAAGAUCAAGGUGAAGCAAUGCAGGGGAGUGAGCAGUGAAUUUGUGGAAUGUUUGCAGCAGCAAAAAGCCUCACUACUUGUUAAUAUUGAUGCUGCCAGUGACAAUGAAGGUUUAGAUGUUAGUUUGAGCGAUGGUGGAGGUCAAGAAAGUGGUUUAGAGUUUCCAGUGAUGGGUGGUCAAGUGGCUGUUGCUGAUGGUCCAUCGAUUCGUAACGGGAGACCGGCAUUGUUUGGAGCGAAGGUUGGGCUGCUUGCAAGUAGGAAUUUAGUGGCUCGUGCAAUUAGCAGAUGGUCAAGCAAUGAAGAUGGUAGUUCAAAUAACAACUUGUGAAUGUUUUUGUCAGACUUACAUUUUCAUGGGAUAAUUUUCUUCCCUGUUUUUCGUCUUGUUCAUUGUGAAUGUGGGAAAUCCUCAUCAAUUGCUCAAUCCUGAUUCUCCUCUAAACAUCCUUAAAAUGAAUUGAAAUAGAGUUCUUCAAAUUCAUGCCCAGAUUCAUCUA